AGAAACGAGUGAACCACAGUUUGAUACGUCAAAAUGGACGUCGAAGGCAAAGAUUGCACAAAACUGGCGCUGCUAUCAUCGAGCGACCGAUCUUUUUUUCGCGUAUAUUGUUAUUUAGCAUGAGUUGCUAUCGAAGAUACAUUGCGAGCAACAGCAAAGUUUGUUUUUCAUUCACGUGGACUCAAAAAUAUUGCAUGUUGCAAUUAUUGCACAAUUGGUGAUAUAUUACGAAAGCCUGAAAACAAUGUGUGAACUGUGGAAAUAAUCAGUAUUGUGAGCAUACUCAAUGUACUAUUUUUUUGAUUACAACACUAUCGAUUCCUUUGGAACCAAUUUAUACUGAGCACAAGUAAGACGGAUCUGAUCGGGUUUCGAGCACGCACUCGGGAACGGAUUUCAUUAAAUCUCCAAACUGGAUUAUAUGUAUCGAAGAAAAACCAUUUGAUUUGCUCGAAGUUAGAAGGAUACGCGCCGUAACACACAAGCUUGCAGACAGGAAAAUAAUUACGACCGUGCAAUAGUGUAACGAAAAAAGAAGAAAAAUUUGUCUCAGCAAAUGAAAAUCAGUGCAAGUGUUUAGUGAGGUGUGUUUUCUGUGAACUUUCUCUACUCGUAGAUCGCUGUUGCAGAAAGAGGGAGGAAAAAACAUCACGCGAAUUCAAUAGUCACUGCGGAAGCGAAGCUGAAAAAAAAAUCAAAGUAAAUCAUUUUACUCUUACUGAAACCGAUUAUCCUAUCAGCUACAGUCUGUUGUGGUUUUCGUGAGUCUGUGGCCUCUGUCUGCGUAAUAAGUGUAAACCGCCAGCGGAAAAUAAAAUUAACCCGUGAACCAAUCAACAAAACAGCCAACUUCAUGAGUUUCGAUUGGAACAAGGAGCAGCAGCUUGAACAGCAGCAGCAAACACGUCGUCGACUGUAAGCAGCAAUUGGUUGCUAACCACAACACGGUACCCAACAACCAGCCGAAAGUUGCACGAGUGCCGCCAAGCAACGACGGCUCAGUUCAACGAAGUAGGGGUACUUCGCGCCCAACUUCAUUCAAGAUGGGUGACGUUGAUCCAGAGACACUAUUAGAAUGGCUUUCAAUGGGCCAGGGAGACGAACGGGACAUGCAGCUGAUUGCGUUGGAGCAGCUCUGUAUGUUGCUUCUCAUGUCCGAUAACGUGGAUCGUUGUUUUGAGAGCUGUCCACCACGAACGUUCCUUCCAGCCCUAUGCAAAAUAUUUCUGGAUGAGCUAGCACCGGAGAACGUGCUAGAAGUGACGGCCCGUGCCAUUACUUACUACCUGGAUGUAUCAUCAGAGUGCACACGCCGUAUCGUAGCGAUCGAUGGUGCUAUCAAAGCAAUCUGCAAUCGGCUCGUAGUUGCAGAUCUCGACAGCCGAACGAGCCGCGACCUGGCAGAGCAGUGUAUAAAAGUGCUGGAACUGAUAUGCACCCGUGAAGCCGGAGCAGUGUUCGAGGGAGGUGGACUGAACUGUGUUCUUUCCUUCAUCCGCGACAAUGGAUCUCAAAUUCACAGAGACACACUUCACUCGGCUAUGGCCGUUGUGUCGAGGUUGUGUACCAAGGUUGAACCACAAGGUGCUAAUGUGCAGACCUGUGUAGAAAGCCUUAGUACACUGCUUCAACACGAGGAUCCACUUGUGGCAGAUGGUGCGCUCAAGUGCUUCGCCUCCGUCGCAGAUCGCUUCACACGAAAGGGAGUUGAUCCGGCGCCACUAGCAGAGUAUGGACUAGUUACAGAACUUCUCAACCGGUUGAGCAAUGCAGCUGGACCCCAAACAACAGCAGCAGCUGCAGGGACAAGUUCCAAUGCAUUAGCCGGUGGUCAAGCAAACAGCCAAGAAGCAGUUGCCGCCUCACCACCUCAGCUUUCAUCCUCUGCACCCAAGAACCAAGGAGUGACGGAAGCUGGUCGAUCAAGUCAGUCUAUCGCCACCACCAUAUCACUGCUAUCGACGUUAUGUCGAGGAUCGCCUUCAAUCACUCACGAUCUGUUGAGGUCCAAUCUUCCAGAGGCGAUGGAACGGGCCUUCAAGGGCGAUGAAAGAUGCGUGCUUGACUGCAUGAGGUUGGCCGAUCUCAUCUUGUUGCUAUUGUUCGAAGGUCGACAAGCGUUAGGCAGAGUCGGUGGAUCUAGUGGCCAACUGGCUCCGCGGGUACGAAGAGCCGAUUCCAGCACGGAACGAACACAUCGACAACUAAUUGAUUGCAUACGAAGUAAGGACACAGAAGCUCUCAUUGAAGCCAUCGAAUCCGGUGGAAUCGACGUCAACUGUAUGGACGACGUUGGUCAAACACUGCUGAAUUGGGCUUCGGCUUUCGGUACUCUUGAAAUGGUAGAAUUUUUAUGUGAUAAAGGUGCUGACGUGAACAAAGGCCAGCGAAGUUCCUCUCUGCAUUACGCGGCUUGCUUUGGCCGGCCGGGAAUUGCUAAAGUGCUGCUCAAACAUGGUGCCAACCCAGAUCUGCGGGACGAAGAUGGUAAAACUCCACUGGACAAGGCUCGCGAGCGACCGGACGAAGGCCAUCGAGAGGUUGCAUCGAUCUUGCAAUCACCCGGCGAAUGGAUGACCGCUGCCACCCGAUCAGAUCUGAAAAGCGACACUGAGAGUGGAGAUAGUGAACCGCGAGGCGACCCGGAAAUGGCACCGGUAUAUCUCAAAUUCUUCUUACCCAUAUUCUGUAAGACGUUCCAAAGCACAAUGCUGGCUAGCGUUCGGCGAUCUAGUUUAGGUUUGAUUAAGAAAAUGAUCCAAUACGUUCAACCAGAUAUGCUUUCGAGGCUUUGCUCCGCCGAAGGUUUACAAAGUCACGAACAUAGCUUGGGAACACUACUAGUCGAAGUCGUAGCGAGUGUCCUAGACAAUGAGAUAAGCUACAGCUGGCCAUCACAGUCAACACCACCGUCUGUACUGCCCUUAACCGUUUCCUCCUCUUCUACUACUAGUAGCAAUAGCAUUCUAGCGAAGUACAGUUGCGCUGACCGAGUGAGCAAGUACGUUCAAAAUCUAAGGCAACAGCAGCAGCAGCGCCGUAACUCUAGCUCUUACAUAAUUCCUCCGCCACCGCCAAUGCUACCGCUGACCUCGUCACCGAUGGCAGCACAGGUGCCCCCGUGUUCGCUCAGCGAAAACCAUCAUCCUGUGGAGAGCUGCAAAAGCAAUAACAACACAAAACGUUGUAGUCAAAGCAAUUGGUCUGAUCUGAGCAUUGCGGAUGACGAGGAUGGUCACCUGGUGGUGCUCACCAUCAUCGAAGAACUUAUGUCGAAGACCCAAAAUGAUUUCCUCGACCACUUUGCCCGUCUCGGAGUGUUUUCUAAAGUGCAGGCCUUGAUGGGAGAAAACGGCUUCGGCGAUAGCGAUAAUAACGAUGUGAUCAAAUCCGAGGAAUCGAAAGGCACUACGACAUUCGAGCAAGCCCCUUCUGGAGCAGCAGCAGCGACAGCAGUAGUCGUGAGCAGCGCAGCUGGAACGGUGGUUUCCGCAGGGAUUAGUGCGAUGGAUGAUGCCAAGGAAAUCCUCCCGGGGAAGGCGUACCAUUGGCGAGACUGGAGCAUCUGCCGCGGGAGAGAUUGCCUGUACGUUUGGUCCGAUUCGGCGGCACUGGAACUCUCCAAUGGUUCCAACGGUUGGUUCCGAUUCAUUCUCGACGGGAAACUAGCGACUAUGUAUUCCAGUGGUAGCCCAGAAAACGGAAGCGAUAGCUCAGGCAAGGGAAGGAGUGUGGAUUCCUUAGCCAGCGAAGAAAACCGUGGCGAAUUCCUAGAGAAACUGCAGCGUGCGCGAGGUGCCGUGCGACAGGGAACCGCAUCGCAGCCCAUACUGUCCUCACCAAGUCUGUCGCGGAUAGUGGUCGGCAAUUGGGUGCUUCAAAGUCAGAAAGAACAUCAGCUACAUAUCAACAACUCCGAAGGACACCAGGUAACCAUUCUGCAGGAUGAGUUGCCUGGCUUCAUUUUCGAAAGCAACCGUGGCACAAAACACACAUUCACCGCAGAAACAACGCUCGGACCGGACUUUGCCGCUGGUUGGAUCAACACAAAGAAGAAGAAGAUGCGUUCCAAGGCGGAAGCACAAAAAUAUCAGGUAAAAAACAUCGCCCGAGAUAUAUACAACCGAUAUUUCCGUGCAGCUCAGGCCGUUCCCCGUGGGGCAGUGGCCAAGCUAUGCAUCAUUGUUCGACAAAUUGAGUGUGCCCUAGAGGAGCAAUGUGCACCAAAACCGACUACGUUGCAGGUGCGGAUUCAACUCCAGCUGCAGGACAGCCAGAAAACUACUACCACCUGGCAGGAGAAAUUGUAUGGUGCGCUGAAUGAUCUUGUGCAACUCCUCAACGAGGACGGCGUAAUCAGUGCCUACGAGAUGCACAGUUCGGGACUGGUUCAAGCAUUAGUGGCGGUUCUCUCCAGAAAUUAUUGGGAACUCGGCCUGAAUCGAAGCAAGGCAAAUAAGUACCAGAAGCAGCGGAUAUCUAUAUUCAAGAAGUGCAUGUAUGGCGAUUCCAAAAAUGGAAAGAACACCGCAAGUAUAUUGGUUCAGAAAUUGGUUUCCGUCCUUGAAAGCAUCGAAAAAUUGCCAAUACACAUGUACGAUUCCCCGGGCGGAAGCUAUGGACUGCAGAUCCUCACGAAACGGUUGAGUUUCCGGCUUGAGAGAGCUGCCUGUGAACAGACUCUUUUCGACAGGACUGGCAGGAAUUUAAAGAUGGAACCACUGGCUACAGUUGGCCAGCUAAAUAAGUAUCUUUUGAAAAUGGUCGCUAAGCAGUGGUAUGAUAUGGACCGGUCCUCGUUCCUUUACCUCAAGAAACUAAAGGACACAAAGGGAGGUGCUGCCGGUGUACAAUUCAAACACCAACAUGACUUCGAUGAGAAUGGAAUCAUAUAUUUCAUUGGAACGAACGGAAAGUCCACCGAAUGGGUCAACCCGGCGCAAUAUGGACUGGUCACUGUUACGAGUAGCGAAGGAAAACAGCUGCCCUAUGGUAAGCUGGAGGACAUCCUGUCUAGGGAUAGUGUGAGCGUGAAUUGCCACACCAAAGACAAUAAGAAAUCAUGGUUCGCCGUUGAUCUGGGAAUGUAUAUAAUCCCGACAGCUUAUACUUUGCGUCAUGCCCGUGGAUAUGGGCGUUCCGCGCUUCGGAAUUGGAUGUUUCAAAUGUCCAAAGAUGGAAUCAACUGGGUUACGAUGCUAACGCAUACCGAUGAUAAGAGUCUUGCCGAGCCAGGCAGUACCUGUACCUGGCCGAUUGAGGGUCCAAUCGAAGAGCAACAGGGCUAUCGUCACAUUAGAAUUCAUCAAAAUGGAAGGAACGCAUCUGGUCAAACGCAUUAUCUCAGUUUGAGUGGAUUCGAAAUUUACGGCAAAGUUACAUCCGUUUGCGACGAUAUGGGGAAAGCCGCCGCCAAAGAGAACGAAGCUAAGCUAAGAAAGGAACGGCGACAGAUCCGUGCCCAGCUAAAGUACAUCACACAGGGAGCACGAGUGAUUCGAGGUGUAGACUGGCACUGGGAUGAUCAGGAUGGAAGUCCUCCAGGAGAAGGUACGGUUACCGGUGAAAUUCACAACGGUUGGAUCGAUGUUAAGUGGGAUCAUGGGCUGAGAAACUCUUAUCGUAUGGGAGCAGAAGGAAAAUACGAUCUGAAGCUGUCGAAUAGUGAUAACCUGAACGCACCAUACGAUUUAAAUAAUGCUGGUGCAGGUUUGGUUUCUUUGGGCGGAUCGAAUACAUCUUCAUCGAAAAAAGUUUAUGACAAAUCACUCAAUGUCCUAACCAGUCGUAAAUCAAGUUCUACCCCGAGCUUACCGGAAGCAACUGAGAAUAAAACAUCCGUGGCGUCGACAGAACAGGCCACUUCAGUAGACAAUCUCGCUUGGAAACAAGCAGUGGAAGUCAUUGCUGAGAAUGUGCUCUCUUGUGCUAGAUCGGAUUUGACCAGUGGUGGUAGCAGUAGCAACGAUUUAUCCACACCGAGCGCGAACAACAACAAUCUGAACAAUCAAGAAGUAUCCGUCAUUGUACAUUCUUUGGGAGAACGAGGUAACAUCCCUGAUUUGUCCCAAAUCAACACUAGUACUUCAACGCUAGUUUCUGAUUUGGCCACUAUUACGGAAAAUCUCACGCUAUCUGACAAUAUCAAGAACAAUAUUGUGACCGGAAGUGGCACACAAUUUGUUAGCAACUUUGGAACUCAGCUUCCAACUUGCUCAUCUUCUUCAUCUUCGGAAGAAAACAACAAAACAAACAACAUCAACGAAACAAACAAUAAAAUAAACCUCAACAACAGCAGCAGCAGCAAUGCCGGUAAAACUGCUUACCUCCCCACAAAACUGGAUGUUUUGGAUAAGAUGCGAGAAGGGGUUGAUAUGCUUCGUAACAACACGAACAAUUUGCUCUCCUCUGAACUGUUAACUCAAUCAAAUCUGCUAUCGUCAGUAAAAAUAGCUCUCCCAACUCCACAGCAAUCCCAAGCUCUGCAACAAUCGGGAACUGGUCCAGCUGGUACGAUCUUCGUGGCGAGCGCAAGUACCAGCAGCUCCGGUAACUUAUCCUCCGAUAAAACAAGCGAAAUCAAAUUCAACAACACUAUCAAUAACAACGGAGGAGUCACCAAAAAGGUGCUGAACGAAGUGAAGCAGCAGGAAUCCGAUGAUCGAGAUGUGGCCAACAAUCUGAAAAAUAAUAUUGUGGCCGCUGACUCGGGAGCUAGUUCUUCGAAGGACAGUGCCCAGAAUUCGGAGUCACCCUCAGUAGUGGUAGCUAAUCCGAUGAGUGUCAGCGUACCAAACCUCACAAGCAACGAAAAUAACGCUCAACCAGAAUCUCAAACGCCACCCGGUCUGCUGGAAACGUUUGCUGCAAUUGCCCGUAGACGUACCUCGGGCAGUUCGGUUUCACACCAACAGCAAUCCGGUUCGAGCACCUCGGGAAGCAAUUGCUCGAGCAAUGUCCAACCUAAUAAUCAGCUGAGCAGUGUUGCCUCGAACAUCCAAACCAACACAAACUUCUUCCCACGGGGACCAAAUUCUGUAACUAGUCUCGUCAAGUUGGCACUGUCCAGCAACUUCCACAGUGGUCUGCUAAGCACCGCACAAAGCUAUCCUAGUCUGUCGAGUUCAUCGAACAAUGCAAAUUCGACUGCAUCCGGGGGGAACAACAACUCCGUUUCUGGAACCGGUUCUAAUACCAGCGGGGUACAAACCGCUACCAAUCAAUCUGUUUUAAAUCCAGCCCUCACAAUGAGCCUAACUUCCACGAGCAGCGAUAGUGAGCAGGUUUCUCUGGAAGACUUUUUGGAACAGUGUCGUGCACCUACCUUGCUGGGUGACCUGGAGGACGAUGAAGACAUGGAAGAUGAGAAUGACGACGAUGAAAACGAAGAUGAAUACGAGGAGGUGGGAAAUACCUUACUUCAGGUGAUGGUUUCACGCAAUCUGCUGUCCUUCAUGGACGAAGAAACGUUGGAAAAUCGGUUAGCAGCCGCCGGCAAGCGAAAGUCUUGGGAUGAUGAAUUUGUGCUGAAGCGCCAAUUCUCUGCGCUGAUUCCUGCUUUUGAUCCGCGACCUGGAAGGACGAACGUCAAUCAAACCAGUGAUCUGGAAAUCCCAGCACCAGGAAUCUCCACAGACAGCGCUCACACUAGCAGCAGCCAUUCGGAACAUGCCUCUCUGCCACAACCAUCACUCGCACUUUUACUGCGCGGUCCCAACAUAAACGGUGUGAACGAUGUGGAAAUUCUUCUCUCGCAUCCAGAUUGGACCAUAUUCCGAGCGGUUCAGGAGCUUGUCCUUCAAACCAACAUGACUAAGCAGGACAAAUUCCGCAAAAUUUGGCAACCAACUUACACGAUCGUUUACCGAGAAACAGCGGGAGGAUCCUCCUGCCGCGAGGAUUUCAGCAGUGGUGAAGACGGACGAACCACUCCGGUGAUCUCCAUGUUCUCCCAACGUAGUGGCGGAUCAACGCUCUCACCGAGCUCCCCCAUCCCCGGAACCCCAUCGAACACAGGCUCCUCAACGCACUGCACCGUAGAAGAUGUCCUACAGCUGCUAAGUCAACUCAACGCCAUCAAUCAGACACUUGCUUCUUCUCCGUCCAAUAACGACAAGAAUCUCAUUCCGGACGUGGAAAGUAACUAUCUGAAUCCGGAAAUCUUCAUGAGUAAGAAGAUCACCAACAAACUUCAGCAGCAAAUCCAGGAUCCGCUGGUGCUGGCCAGCGGAAGUUUACCGAAAUGGUGCGAAGAUUUUAACCAAAGCUGUCCAUUCCUGUUUCCUUUCGAAACGCGUCAAUUGUACUUCAACUGCACUGCAUUCGGUGCCUCCCGGAGCAUCGUUUGGCUCCAAUCACAGCGUGACGUGAAUCUAGAACGUCAACGGGCACCGGGUCUUAGUCCACGGCACGCCGAUCAGCAUGAAUUCCGCGUGGGACGCCUCAAGCACGAACGAGUUAAGGUACCUCGAGGGGAAAAUCUUCUCGAGUGGGCUCAACAGGUAAUGAAGAUUCACUGCAAUCGCAAAUCCGUGUUGGAAGUAGAAUUCGUUGGGGAAGAAGGAACCGGCUUGGGACCUACGCUGGAAUUCUAUGCUCUGGUAGCGGCAGAGCUUCAGAGAAGUGAUCUCGGCAUGUGGCUUUGCGAUGAUGAGCCGAAAUUAAUCGAGGAUGAAAUCGAUUUAGGCGAAGGCAGCAAGCCAAUUGGAUACUACGUGAGACGUUCCACCGGGUUAUUCCCUGCCCCGUUGCCGCAGGAGACAGAAAUUUGUAAUUUCGUGUCCAAUUACUUCUGGUUUUUGGGCGUAUUUCUAGCGAAAGUGCUUCAAGAUGGUCGGCUGGUGGAUCUACCACUUUCCAACAGCUUCCUGCAGCUACUUUGUCACAACAAAUCUAUCGUAAGGGACCCAUUGUGUGCCGUCUCUUCAAGAUCCGCGUUAAACGAUGAUAUAAUGAUUUCCUCACUCAUGUCAGAGGAAAGUGAUCGAGAUCUGGUAGACUCAUACCAGUCUAAAUUAGCCAACGACAGUUGUUGGUACGAUGGUAUCCUUUCCCAGGAAAAUUUGCAAGAAAUCGAUCCAAUACGAUAUGAAUUCCUGAAGGAGCUUCAGGAAUUGGCUCAGCAAAAGCAAAACAUCGAACAAAAUGAUGAUCUGUCAUCGGAAGAGAAACUUCUACAAAUAAGCGAGUUAAAAUUGAACACCAAAACAGGCAGCGUAGCGUUGGAAGACCUCGCUCUCACUUUUACCUAUCUCCCAAGCUCCAAAAAUUACGGUUUCCAGUCUGCAGAUUUGAUCCCGAAUGGUUCCAACAUCGACGUUACGAUCAACAAUGUCGAAGAGUACUGCAAUCUGACCAUCAGUUUCUGCCUGCAGGAAGGCAUUGCCAAACAGUUGGUAGCGUUCCAUCGGGGAUUUUGUGAGGUGUUUCCACUCAACAAAUUGGCUGCUUUCACUCCGGAGGAAAUACGAAAAAUGUUGUGUGGUGAGCAGAACCCCGAGUGGACUCGAGAGGAUAUUAUGACCUAUACAGAACCAAAAUUAGGAUACACGAAGGAAAGUCCCGGGUUCUUACGAUUCGUGAAUGUGCUCAUGGGCAUGAAUGCCAGCGAGAGGAAAGCAUUUUUACAGUUCACCACCGGAUGCAGCAGUCUACCGCCAGGUGGCUUAGCCAAUCUCCAUCCUCGUCUGACAGUGGUCCGAAAGGUAGACGCCGGCGAAGGCUCCUAUCCAUCGGUCAACACCUGCGUCCACUAUCUCAAGCUGCCGGAUUACCCAAAUGAAGCGAUUCUGCGAGAGCGAUUGCUUACAGCUACCAAGGAGAAGGGAUUCCACCUGAACUAAACAGAAGAAGAGUAAUAAUAGCGUGGAAAUCUGCUGCUACACAGGUAAAUUAAAAGUCUAGGAAAUUUUCUCAGUUCAAAAUUUGCUACUUUAUUGCGCCUAAGCGUGUGAUAUACAUUUUGUUAUCGUUCUGUUUAGCCCAUUUGCGAGGAAGCAAGAAUAUUUGUUAGAUUCAAAAGAGGAACUUAAAACAACCACUCUUAGAUUAGAUAUAUUCGCUCUAUAUUCUAUUCAAAGGCAAACAAAGAAAACACAUUGUUAGUGGAAAUGAAAAUAAUUUUAGAUAAUAGACUCAAUUGCUGAGCAGAAAAAAUAUCGACUUAAAGAUAAAGGAUACAAAAGAAACAAUAAAUAUAACUGAGAGAAUAACACACGUUGACGAUUACUUAAAGUUUUCGAUUUGUUACAGUUUUAUGUUUUUAAAAAGCUAAAAACUCGACAUUUCCUUUCAUGAAUAAAAGCUUAAAUUCUAAUGUAAUAAUGGAAAAGCAAAACAUAAUUUGAAUUUAGCCCCACAUUAUAAGUUUGCUGUGAGUAAAAGAAUAUACAAGUUAGGAUUAAUUUGACAGGCGCAGUUUUAAGUAGUCAUAAAGGAAUCAUUUUCUGUAAAUAUACACAAAACCGUCAUCAGAAUUAAGACCAACAAAUUUGAGCUGAAGACAGUCAGUCACACACACACACACACAUACACACCAACAAACAAGCAACACUAGAGAGAAGGCACAGGCAGCGUUAUGUGAUUUGAACUCAACCUUUUCUCGUUUAUCACCACUCCCCAGUUUUGAAAGAUUCAAUCACACCUCGAACACUAUUUUUAGGCAAUUUUUCAAUAUUCACUUAUGAGAAUAACGAAAAUAAUAAAAAAGUAUAUUAUGCAAAUGGUAUCUACACUGGAAGUUUACACAACGUUGAGAUCCACAUGAAUAUAUAUUAUAGAAGAUGUUUACCACAAACAAAAAAUGGAUUAUUAACCUAUGUCAAAAUACCGCUAUAAACAAACAAAAAAAACAAUAUUUGAAUGAAUUAUGCAAAUUGUAUCAAAAACUCGAAUUUUAAAUUCACCUGAAAUUAAAAUGUU